AUGGACAAAAGGGAUAAGUCUGACCACAAAUUGAAAUUGACCCUAGACACGCGGUGCAAGAAUUGCGAAGACGAUGGCAACCGAAAUCAAAAUCUGAUUCUCAAUCGGAAUCAGAAUCAGGAGUCCACGCCGGGCUGGGAUGCCAUGGAGAUGGGACAUUUGUAUGCAAAUUCAGUGAUUGCUCUCCGCAGAAACCACAGGCAAAGGCAAGACGGUAGGAGCGACCACACAAUAAAUGGGCAUAAAUUACACGACCCGAAGGAGGAGCCACCAGACAGACGGUGA